UUAUGCCGAGUAGUUUUUGCGUAAGUCAAAACACCAAAACAUAAGCUACCUCGUCGAAUGGGAUAUGAAAUUAGCUAACAAUGACCUUUUUAAACGGCAUAUCGUUGUAUCACGUGAACAUGUUUUGAGAACAAGCUUUUAGCAUAUGCACAGUCUUUUUACUAUGAGAAAAGAGUUAACCAAGUAUCCAUAGCGUCUGAAGUGUUUCCUCCUGUACUGGAUUUCUUUGUCGCCAUUACAAGUACUAGCUAACACCGCGCAGGUUUAUUUGGGCGGACACCACAGACAUGACUUCCCGCAUAUGCAAGAACUGUGGUUGUUCCGAGAUCGACCUCGAUCAGGCUCGGGGCAAUGCAGUAUGCACGAACUGUGGGUCUGUGCUGGAGGACAACAUCAUCGUGUCCGAGGUGCAAUUCGUGGAAGGCAGUGGUGGGAUUUCGUCAGCUGUGGGGCAAUUCGUCUCAGCAGAUGGUCCAGUGAAAGCCCCAGUCCUGGGUACUGGGUUCCACACCAGCCUUGGAAAAGAGUCCCGUGCUCAGACGCUGCAGAACGGAAAGCGGCAGAUCCACAACCUGGGCAGCCAGCUGCAGCUCAACCAGCACUGCUUGGACACGGCCUUCAACUUCUUUAAGAUGGUGGUGAGCAAGCACCUGACGCGCGGACGCAAGAUGGCGCACGUCAUUGCCGCCUGCCUCUACUUGGUCUGCCGGACUGAGGGCACGCCCCACAUGCUUCUGGACCUGAGUGAUCUCCUACAGGUGAACGUGUACAUCCUAGGGAAGACCUUCCUCCUGCUGGCUCGAGAGCUCUGCAUCAACUCCCCAGCAAUAGACCCUUGCCUGUACAUCCCUCGUUUCGCCCACAUGCUGGAAUUUGGGGAGAAGACCCAUGAGGUGUCCAUGACUGCACUGCGCCUACUACAGAGGAUGAAGAGGGACUGGAUGCACACGGGACGCAGGCCCUCUGGGCUGUGUGGGGCAGCGCUGCUGGUGGCUGCCCGGAUGCACGAGUUCCGCCGCACCGUCAAGGACGUGAUCGGAGUGGUGAAAGUGUGCGAGGCCACACUGAGGAAAAGAUUGACAGAGUUUGAGGACACUCCCACCAGUCAGCUGACCAUCGAUGAGUUCAUGCGGGUGGAUCUGGAGCAGGAGUGUGACCCACCCUCUUUCACUGCUGGACAGAGGAAGGUCAAGAUGCAGGCGCUUGAACAAGAGUUAGCGAAAAAGCUGGAUGAAGUUCAAGGUGAAAUCAGUUUGUAUCGAGACGAGAUCGAGACGGAGCUGGAAAACAGCAGGCCAAAGCUCAGAGGGAUCUACGCUGCCUAUGCCAAAGAAAUAGACCCGCUGGACGAGGUGCUUUCUCAGGCCUCGUGCUCCAGCCCCAGGGAGGUGGACCCCGAGGAGGACGAGGAGCUGGAGGCAGUUGCCCAACACCUGAACCAGGACUUCCUCUGCCAGGUCAUCCAGGGGGAACAGCAAGGGGACGAAAGAGGGGGAGAAGGAGUGACAGAGGAGGCACCCCCUCCACAUCCACCACCCAGAGGAGGGCCCUCCCUAGCUUCCAUCCUGGGUCCCUUGCCUAGCGCGGCUAGCCUGGGGCUCAGUGAGUCCAUCCAUGAGUGCAUCGCAGAGGACAAGGACAGUGAUGGCAAGUCGGAGAGCGGGGAAUUGGACCUGGACGGCAUCGACGAUAAUGAAAUUGAGAGGUAUAUCCUCAACGACAAAGAAGUGAGAGUUAAGACGGCCCUGUGGAUGAAGCAGAAUGAGGAAUAUCUCAGGGAGCAGAAAGAAAAGGAGGAAAGGAUAACUAAAGAGAAAGAGCAAGGGACCUACAAGGAAAAGCCCAAGAAAACGUCCAAGAAGCGGGAGCCCAUCCGUGCCAGUACGGCGGGCGAGGCCAUCGAGAAGAUGCUGGAGCAGAAGAAGAUCUCCAGCAAGAUCAACUACGACGUGCUGCGUGACCUUAACAGCAAGGGUGGCAGCGGCAACAGCAGCCCUGCCCAGCCAACCUCCACGGAAGAGUCACCCAGUGGCCCCGCUGGGCGGAAGAGGCUGACCCGCCGCAAGAAGCAGCCCAACAAGACCAAUAUGGGCCUGGCCACCACCAUCAUGGGCAAGAGACUCCGUCCACUUAUAUCCUCUGCAACCAAGAAGAAGAGAGCCGCUUCACAGGUGACCCCUAACCUGACCCCGGCUGCAAACCCUGUUCUGCCCAACUUGUCCAGCCCGCCUACCCCCAACCCGGCCCCUCCAGGACCCACUAUGGUGGAGAGUGGCCCGGUGGCCUAUGACGAAGUGGCAGAGGAUGAAGAGGAGGAAGAAGUGGAGGAGCCCUGUGUCAGUGCGUUGCAGCUCCUGGGAGGAAACGAGUACGGCUGUGAGGCUGAAGAGGAAGAGGUUUUCUAGGCUCGAUUUUUCCUCUUCUUUCAUCAAAUACUGCGGAUUCCCCAAAAUAGUUGUCUCACCAUUGACCUCUUUGAGCGGGGGACAGUCGCCAGAGGAAGGGAGGAGAGGAAAAGGACAUCCACUGUUCAGAUAAACUGCUACGGUGAACAUGGAGUGUGGCUGGGUGUGGGGAGAGCUACGGGGUAUGCAAGCUUUUAUUCCAGCCUUGCUCAAACACACCUGAUUCAGCCAAUCAAUGUCAUGAUCACGAGUUGGUUCGUAGAAUCAGGUGUGUUCCUGCACAACCAGUCGCUCUCUCUAAUUCCCUCUAGAUGCUGAUCUUGAAUCAGUUUUGCCAGUAAUGAAGGUUAUAAUUUGGGGGGGGACGCUGAUCCUGUGCUUAUUUUCCUUUCCUUUUGAAAAAUAUUUUUCACAAAUAUCCACAAUCCUCGGUCACCUACUUUUCUAUUGUUACAGAGUUCACACUGACCCGUCUGUCCACUCAAUGAGCAGUCGGCGAGAACAGCUAGGUCGUGCCAGUUCACUGGUACUGCAAUGGGCCUUUUGUCAUUGCCGCAUUGCAUUAUGCUCUGUAGAGAGGGCCUGCGUCCCAAAUGGCAUCAUAUUAUUCCCUACAUAAUGUACUAUGGUCAAAAGUAGUGCACUAUAUAGGGAAUACCAUUUGGGAAACGGUCAGGGAAAGGGCAUACCGGAGUGUAUCCACUCAACCUUGCUCGCCUUUCGUAGCGGUGCUAUAAUUGUCAAAACGGGACGUUGGCUUCAGCUGGCAGGGCUAUUCAAUGCAUCUAUGGGCACUGAGUAGCACAAUGGGCACAACAUGCCCCUCACCAUUAUCUCAAUAAACACCCGAGUUGGUCAGUCCCUUUUCAAUUCCAGUCAUUGAAAUGAACAUUUGGACGUAUUUAUCUUGUUGUUUAUUACCGACUGUCAUGCGGUUGAAAGGGAAUUGAUACUGUGCUUACGUCCAUCCUUGUUUACCCGCCGUCCUUUGAUCUCUGUAGAAUCUCCCUUUAUGAUCUUCAUCAAAUGCUGGUAUUCACAAAUGCAGUUUUUUAUAUAAUGAAAUUAACUGGCAUCCAUUUUGUAAAAUAUGUACCAAAUGCAAAACUCAGUGGGUGGUAUUUUGAAAAAGCAAAGAAGUGCCGCUGUUGUCAUAACAAACCGUAUCAGUUCAAAUAAAUUGUGUGCAUCGUGUAUAAGCUCUGCUCGUUGCCAGUUUUUUUCCAGGAUGUUUUGAUAAUGAAAGAUUCAAAAAUAAAAUGCUGCUACGAUUAUUAGGAGUAAUACGGUCACUUUCCACACUAGCGGCACUUUUAUGCUUUAACAAAGUGAGGCCUGAUGUAUCCAUGAAACCUAGAAUAGUACAAUCACUCCAAGGCAGCUAUCUCUUGGUAGAGCUCUGUAUAUCAUUGUAAAAAGGAAGGGAAAAAAAGAAAAGAAAGUUUACUGAAAUGCUUUUGUUUGUUUGUAGAAAUGUCAUUGUAUUUUAGCUAUUUUAUCUUGUGCAUACUUUUCAAAAGCAAAUAUGAAAAACUACAACUAUGUAUGAAUGUAAAUAUCAAUCUUUGUUGGGUAGUCUGUUUGUAUGUUUAUAUAUGUUGUUUCGCCAGAUGAAAUAUUAGCCUGCUUUUGUGUUUUUGUACAUUUACUUACAGUAUGUUUUAUGACAAAAUUCUGUCAUUUUAUGAUUUUAUAUGAAUUCACUGGUAAACUGAAAAGGAUGGUAGAUCCUGGUGUUCUGUAUUUUGAUAUUCUACACGUCAAGUCCACCAGCUUUUGAACAGAACAUUUCCUAACAGCAUUCCAAGUUAAUCUAGGCCUGGAUUCAAUCCAAGGUGUGUAAUAGCGCACAUCGCUAUACAUCCGACAAUGUGCCUUUUAAAGGCAUUUUCCUUGACGUUCGCAGAGAUAGCAUUCACAGUGCCUAUGGCAGCUCAAUCGUAAAUUACUGUUUAAAGUCGGUUACAGUGUACUGUGGUAUAGUGUACUGUGGUACACAAUAACGUGCCUUGCAUUGAAUCCCGGCCCUAGUUAAGGAACAGUAGUUCCUCACAACAACACAAUCACACACAUUCCAUUUUUAUCAGUGAAUAAACUAAUUUCAGUUA